AUGGCAAUGGCCGAAGAAGCAUCCGCCUCAGAUUUUGAAAUGUCCAUGAGGACUAUGCGUCUGGAGAAGGAGUAUGAGAAGACUCUUUCAGAUUCCGGUCGUCUUCUAGAUGGCGAGAAGGAUCGCGUACGACGCAUGGAGCUCUUGCUCUUGAAAUUCGAGAACGAAACUCUCCGAUCGCAGUUGGACGAAGCAAAUGCGCAUCUUUUGGGACUCACCAGUGCCGAUUCAGAGGCAUGUGCUCAGCUUCAGGAGGCUUGCCAGGAAAUUGAUCAUUUGGAGCUUCAAGCACAGGCCUCCUCGAGUGAGAUUAACCGACUCAAACAAGAACUCUCGGCCCAGAAAAAUAAUUCGACCAGUUACAAUACUGUCCUCGCGGAGAAACUUCAUCUCUCCAGGGAUCUUUCGACUUUGCAGUCAGAGCUUGAGCGGUUCAGAGCGCAAAACGCAUCAUACCAAGCCAUCAUUUCCCAGAAAAAUGAGAUUGAACGGCAGAUAAACUCCCUGGAGCUUCAACUUGACGAUGAAAAACAUGCCCAUGCACGUACUCAGGCCAAGGCAUCACAGCAAAUGACAGAGAUCACCCAGCUUUCUGCUCGAGUUAAAGAGUUACAGAAUGAGCUAGCGGGAGAAUUACGAGCUAAACAGCAGCAGGAACGGGACAGUCACAAUCAGAGCUCGGCAUGGGCCAAUCAGCGGGCGGCGUUUGAAGGAAGAGUUGAUUCGCUCAAACAACAAUUGCAGUUAACCAAAGACAAGUUCCAUGAAGCCCAGAUUGAAAUUCAGCAGGGACGCAGCCUCAAAUCACAGGCAGUAAAUAAUUCUGAAUCCAGUUCUCGAGCCGUCCCACUUCAGCGCCCUGGCCCGAGCGGCCAUGCCGGCGUGACGAUUGCAACCCCUGGGGCUGUGCGUGUACAGGAGAAAUUGAAGAAGGAUUCGGCCAUGCCCGGUGAUAAGUCGGCGUUUUCUAUCACUCCAUUUUUGAACCGCACAGGGGCACCUUCCGAUUCGCCAAUGAGCUCAGUUGCAGACGAAGACGAGAUUCUUGGAGAUAACGACACUCCUCAUGGUCUACUCGGCAAGCAGGGCGAUCUUGGCGGACCAAAGCGUAUCGGUUCUGCUCUCCGGCGCCAACUAUCUCCAACAGAAGACCGCAUUCCAAUCACAAAAUCCACCAAACCAAAAGCACGUGAUGGCACAAUGCCUAUAUCACCGCCCGAAAAUGAGGCCAAGAAACCAACCCAUCGAUUAGAUCGCAGAGUGCCGCCGACUGAGACCGGUGAAUUACAUGGGCUGUUUGAGCAUGAACAAGCCAAGCCGAAAAAACGCAAACUUGGUGGUCAGCGGGAUCGAAGUUUGUUCGAGGACGAGGAGGAAGAAGAAGACCUUCUGCCCAACAAGAAAUUUGGGAGAAAACUUGCAAUAGGAAAUGGUCGGACUUCAACAUUGGGGAGUAAAACACAGCCUAGUACCACUAGUCUACCACGGGCGCUCGGGCUUGGGGCAGCGCCCAUGGGAUUCUCUCCCUUGAAAAAAGACCGCAGACGAUUCUAA